CUUCUGGCCUAAAAACUGGUCGCGGUCGCUUAAGGAAUUUGAGUAGUGGUUGCUUACGAGAGAGCUCUUGGAACAGUAUUUGACUGAGAACCAAAACAGUUAUUUACCAAGUGGUCACUUACGGGAGGUGGUCACUUAUGAGAUGCGGUCACUAUGAGAGAGUUGACUGUAUUUAAAUUCAACUGUAAUGCCAUUGAUUUCGAUUGAUAGUUAGAUUCAGUACAUAGACUAAGGGUGUUUUGGUUUGUGUCUAUUGCAUUUAUUUAUGCAAUCAUGGAAAAUGUCUAUAUUCUGGGAUGACAAUAGCAAGGCCAAGUCUUCCAGACUCAGCAGAAGUUGAUUUGGCAGAUCAAAUAUUCCAGUCCUUUCAGGUACGAAAGGAAAGACAAGUGACCCUGGUUAUUGUUCAUAACUGCAUGAUUUUUUUUUCUUUGAAGGCAGUUGUACCAACUAAGUCUAAGAUCAAGUUGAUUGAUAUGCUAUCAGAGACUGGCCUUUCAUCGAUUGAAGCAACCAGUUUUGUAUCUCCCAAACGGGUUCCACAGAUGGCAGACCAUGAGCAAGUCAUAAGAGGAAUAAACAAGAUCCCGGGCAUUUCCUACCCAGUGCUCACUCCAGACCUCAAAGGUUUUCAAGCAGCACUGGACUGUGGUGUGAAGGAAGUAGCCAUCUUUGGUGCAGUUUCAGAGUCCUUCACUAGAAAGAAUAUUAAUUGCUCCAUUUCAGAAAGCCUACAAAGGUUUGAAGCUGUCUGCAAAGCCGCAAGGAAAAACAAUAUUCCUGUAAGAGGAUAUGUUUCCUGUGUUGUUGGUUGUCCAUAUGAGGGAUUUAUUGCUCCCAAGGCCGUAGCUGAAUGGUAAGAUUUAAAAUCGUCAAUGGGCAUCUAGCUAAGCCUUACUUAUUUUUAAUUAGUAAUUAUUAAUUAUCUAUUGUAAGUUUAUCCUUCAUGUUCAGCAAUCUUGGCAAUCAGCUAAAUACAUGUCAUCACCUUUCCUGGUCGUCCUCUUAGCCACAGAAGGAAACUUCAAGCCUAUUUUUUUUUGUUUCGGUUUAUCUGGCCAGUUCUUUCAGAAACUCCAGUAUGUUGUAAUACCUCAAGGCAAGUGAAGUAUUGAUACUCCAGCUGUUACAGCUGUACUCCUGAACUUGCUUAUACCCUGCA